AUGGGAGGAUCAGUAAGUAAAGCGUUGAGCAAGUUGUUUGGGAAUAGAGAAAUGAGGAUUUUGAUGCUUGGUCUUGAUGCUGCUGGCAAGACGACUAUCCUCUACAAGCUCAAACUCAAUCAAUCAGUUACCACAAUCCCCACUGUAGGAUUCAACGUCGAGACGGUCACAUAUAAAAAUGUCAAAUUCAACGUUUGGGAUGUAGGUGGUCAAGAUAAGAUCAGGCCUUUAUGGAGACAUUAUUACACAGGUACUCAGGGUCUCAUCUUCGUCAUUGAUUCCGCCGAUAGAGAACGGAUAGACGAAGCUCGACAAGAGUUGGAACGUAUUCUGGCAGAUAGAGAAAUGCGGGAAUGUCUUUUGAUGGUUUUUGCCAAUAAACAGGAUUUACCAGGUGCCAUGUCACCCGCGGAAGUUACAGAGAAGCUGGGGUUACACAAAAUGAGAGAUCGAUCGUGGUAUGUACAUCCUAGUUGCGCAACAACAGGCGAAGGAUUAUUCGAAGGGUUACAAUGGCUUUCUCAAAAUGUUAAAGGUACAAAAGCUUAAUCAUCCCUCAUACAUUUCCUCGUCUCGACUUUACACUAGGUACCAAAAAUAAAAUUGUUAAUAAUCUUUCCUUUGUUCUUCUGUCAUGAAGCGUCUUGUCUUAUAAAAUACUUGGUCAGCUUUUGAAUACCCUGUGGAGAGAUAUCCCCGCAUAUGUAUAUACCCAAUGAUGAAUGCAUGGUACGAAGUGCAUGGUG